AUGAAGCUCACCGCGAGUUCAAGCGUCUUCCUGACACUCUUUGUGCAUGCAAUUGCUGCCCCCGCGCAUUCGAAGCAGAAACAAAGUUCCUUUAAAUGGCAUUCCACAGAAUCUCUGAUAGCCUUUGGGGAUAGCUACACGUACGUGCAGGGUACUCUCGGCCACCAAAACUACACCUCCAUUGGCGAUGAAUUCAACUUCUCUUUUACGCCCGCACAGCUCUUUUCGAAUCGCAUCGUGCAGAACCUUACGGGAACGGCAGAAGGUGGCCCUAAUUGGGUGGAGCUUUUGACUGGGUGUGGUGUCGAGGAUGGUUUGCACAAUCCAAGAGAGUGCAAUAUGCAGCUCUGGGACUUUGCAUACGCAGGCGCGAACACUAUCGAGGAAGCUGGAUUCACACCCCUUCAUCACAACCAUACUGUCUCACUCGAGCGUCAGAUCGAACAGUUUGCCUCCUACGGCAAUCCAGCCCUCGAAUCAAUUCAUCUCAACAAGGAAAAAGCCCUCGUAGCGAUAUGGAUCGGCAUCAACGACAUCAAUGACCUUGUCUCAACCCAAGGCAAAAACGCUUCUUUUGCACCACUCUACGAGAAGAUUCAGGACCGAGUCUUUGAGAAUGUAAAGAAGAUCUAUGAACUUGGCUACAAGAACUUCCUCUUCAUGAAUCUACCGCCUCUGGAUCGUGGGCCAGGCACGCCCAAUGUCAACGCGUCGCUCGUUGCUUCUUUCAACAAGAUUCACGCUGCACAUGCCAACGACUUUCAGUCCGAUCAUAAGGACGUGAAGGUGCUUCAGUUCGACGUGAACAGUGUUUUGAACUACGUUUUGGAUCAUUACCAAGACUACGGGUUCAAAAACGUCACCGACUACUGCCCUGGAUAUAAUCAGCCAGAUAUCCUGACAAAUCCAAGCCAAUAUGGAUGCACGGACUUGGAUACGUACUUUUGGUACAAUUCAGGGCACCUGACGAGCCGAACGCAUAAAGUCAUGACAAAAGCCUUGAAACGAUGGUUGGUAAAACAGUAA